UUUUGUCAAAAAAUUUUUCAGUAAAUUUUCCAAAAAAUUUUUUAAAUGUUCAAGGAACAACCAAGACAACAAUGUUUUCUUUAAAUUCAACAAAAUGAAAGAUGGAGGAAUUUCUACGACAAAAUCUGAUAGUUAUAUUUUUGCUAUAGAAAAUAAUUCUAUUCCAAUAUGUUUUGAUCCGUUGGCUGGUGAAGAUGGAAGGAAGUUAUUAUUUAUUCCUAAAGCAAGAAGACGAGGGCCUUUAAGUAUUGAUGAAAUAAAUGAAUGUAGAUAUGAUCCAAAAUGGAGGAUUAAAAGGUGCUUUUUCUAUUCAAUAUUUUGGUUUGGCUGGAUUUUCUCUCUUUUAAUUGCCAUUUUGAUAACCUUUUCUCACCCAAAAUGUGAAUUUACAACGAGAGAGUGGUGGAAAGAUUCAAUGAUAUAUGAGAUUUGGACACUUUCCUUCUCCGAUUCAAAUUCUGACAAAAUUGGUGAUUUAAUUGGAAUAAUUCAAAAAUUGGAUUAUUUACGACGUUUGGGUGUUGGAGCAAUAUUUUUACGUCCAAUAAUGCGUGUUGAAAAGAGUGGAUUGGGUGUUAUUGAAUAUAAUAAAUUGGCAAGUAAAAUUGGAAAUUUUGAACAAUUUAAUGAAUUAAUAAUAAAGGCACAUAAAAAAGGAAUUCGUGUCCUCAUCGAUUUUCCCCUUGUCCUAACUUCAAUUUCAAAUCCUUGGUUUGACAAAAGUGCUUUAGCUUCAGCCCAUCCGGAAGAUGCUCAUUUUGCUGAUUUUUUUAUUUGGAGAAGGGGAAUACCAAAUUCAGAAUUUAUUUCAGAAUAUUGUGGUUCUACACUAAAAUAUUUCCAUGUUAAAGACCGUCCAGAUUUGCCUGUUUUACAUUGGACAAAUAAAAAUGUUUCUGAUACAAUUAAGGGGAGAAUCUUGAGGGAAAAUAUAAAAAAUACAGUCAGAAGAAAUCAGAAACAAAAAUCAGAAAAAAACAGAAACACAAAAAGACACAUGAGAACUCAAACAAAAAUGCAGAAAAAUACAAUAUACAAACCCCAGAAUUUCUAAGAAAAAAAAUAAGUUCAGAAUAUUCA